AUGUUCCCGAACGACGAGCUCAAGACCGACCUCGCCCACCUGGCGGGCCUCCCGUCGGCGGCGGUCGACCAGUUCUGCACCCUUGCCGUCCAGUUCCUCAAGCACGGCGCCAACACAAAGGUCUUUGCCGGAGCCGCCAGUAAGCUCGGCGUGGCUGUCGAUGUUGUGGAGGCCUCGGUCGAGGGCCUGUGCUUCCUCUUCUCCGAGGCCGCCAAGCUCCGCCUCACCGAGGCCGAGUUCCGCGAGUGUCUGGCACCCAUGGCCUGGCCAACCGGCCUCCAGGACGCCAUGCUGGCCCUCUAUCUGGCCGAGGUCGACAACAUUCGCCUGGUCCAGGCCGAACUGUCCAUGACCCUCCCACGCCUGCACCACGCCUCGUGGCGCCUCGACGUCCAGCUCGCCUCACGCUCCGUCCACUCGAUGGUCAACCCGCUGUACUACCUCGAGCUGCAGCUCAAGGACGCGGCACACCCCUCGGUUGUCCUUCAGCUCGACUACGCCAACAUGAAGCACCUCACCUCUGUCCUCGAGGCUGCCCUCGCCGAGUCUAAGACCCCGUUGAUGAAAAAGGUGGUCCGCAACAUCCACUAG